GCAAACACACACACACAUACAGACACACACACACACACACACACAGUCAUAAGAUGAAGGACUGAUCUCAGCAUGAGAGUUUUUAAAAGUAGUGUGUGAGAAUCGGUCGAUCAAUAAUGAGUGAACAGAGCAUCUGUCAGGCGCGAGCCACCGUAAUGAUGUAUGAUGAUGCCAGUAAACGCUGGUUACCCGCUGGUUCUGGUGUUCAGGCCGUCAGUCGGGUCCACAUCUUCCAGAACACCAGUAACAACACAUUCAGAGUGGUGGGACGCAAACAACAAGCUGAUCAGCAGGUUGUGAUUAACUGUGCUCUUGUGAGAGGGAUCAAAUAUAACCAAGCGACGGCGACGUUCCACCAGUGGCGUGAUGCGAGACAGGUGUGGGGUUUGAACUUUAGCAGUAAAGAGGAUGCGGCUCAGUUUGCGUCCAGUAUGAUGCAAGCACUCGACAUGCUGAGCGGUCAAGACACAGGUGUGUGUCCUCCUCCACAGCCACCACAGAACGGGCCGAGCGCUGAAGAGUUAGAACAGAAGAGGAGACAGGAGCAGCAGGAGAGAGAGCGACAGGAGCAUGAGCGGAUGGAGAGAGAGAGACAGGCUGCUGUUCCUCCCAUUCCUCCUCCCGCUCUGGCCAGUGCGCCUCCUCCACCUCCUCCUGGACCCCCUCCACCUCCUGCGCCUCCUCCUCCUCCUCCACCUCCAUCAGGAGGCCCACCGGCCCUGCCGCCGCCACCACCUGCUGCAGGAGGAGGAGGAGGAGGAAGAGGAGGAGGAGAUGGAGGUCUGGCCGCAUCGCUCGCUGGAGCUAAACUACGCAAAGUGGCCAAGGACGACAGUGGAGCGGCGGCUCCUACAGCGAGUGCCAGCAGUGGAGGAGGAGGAGGUGUGGCCAGCGGAGGUGGCGGUGGCGGUGGCGGUGGCGGUGGUGGACUGAUGGGAGAAAUGAGCUCUAUUCUCGCUCGACGAAGGAAAGUUGCUGACAGUCCAGCAGUGAAAAAAGAAGAAUGCAGUAAUGGUGAUUCGGUGAACACAGACUCCAGACCGGCAGAGAAAGCAGAAGCUAUCAAGAAACCCUGGGAGAAGCCUUCAUCUCUGUCGAGGGUGAACUCGGUGUUAAAAAGUCAAGACAAGAGUCCUGUAUCUCCUGCAUCUGCUGCUCCAUUGAGCAGGAUGAGGCCUGGCAGCGGUACAGGUGACGCUGGAGUCGGAGACGGAUCAGAUAUGGAGCAAUUUAAACAGGAAAUCCUGGAGGAGUUUCGAAAAGAGUUGCAGAAAGUGAAAGAUGAAAUUAUUGGAGCUCUGAUCGAGGAACUACAGAGGAGCAGUUUGGUGUAGCUGCGCCAUCUCUAACUUUACAGAAACAUGGAGAGAAUACAUUUCAUUCUCAUGUCACAUGUUUCCAGAGCAGCUUUUAAUCUUAUAAAUAUUCUGCCCUCAGUAAUGCCCCCUACAUGUUUCACUCCCUUUUUACCCCAGUCUUUCAGUUUUAUUGUUUGCAUCAGUUCUUUAGAUUUAUUUGAGCUUUUGUUGACGUGUCAUGGCAAAUAUAUGUUUACAUAUGUUCUCCAAAGCUGCUGUGGAUUUUUUAAAAUAUCUUUCCCCAGUUAUUUUUUAACAAAUAUUAUCUCUGUUUACAUGUAACUAGUUGUUUGUUUACACAUGUAAUAACCAUAAUAAGUGUGAGAUUCUAUAUGAUUGCAAAGUAUUUAUCAUGCACUCUUAUCGCAUUACACCAUGUAAGAUAAGAUGUUUUCCUCUUUGAGAAUGCUGAACUGGAUGUGAGUUACUGGUCUCAGGGAUUGUUAUAUGUUCUGAAGAAUAAAGUCUUUAAUAUGUGUGAAAUGA